AUGGCUGACCGAUAUGGCAUAAAGAUUCUGUAUUCAACUCCAUAUUAUGCCCGGGCCAAUGGUCAGGCCGAGGCUAGUAACAAGGUGAUAAAGAAUAUUUUAAGGAAAAUGGUACAAGGGAAUCUGCAGGAAUGGCAUAUCAAAGUAUCUGAGGCUUUGUGGGCUUAUAGAGUGUCACCCCGCACUAGUACUGGGGUCAGUCCAUUUGCAUUAACUUACGGGCACGAUGUAGUCCUACCCUUAGAAAUUGCGGUCUCAUCACUGCGAACCACGCUGCCUGGCCAUGAGAUGCCUUUUAUAGGAGUGCGACGAGUCUUCCAGAACCCUCUGCAAAAGCUCUCGCACUCCCGUUUGCGCCCUCGGUUUCUUACGCAGCGAAAUACGGAAGUUUCUUGCAUCAAGAUCGGGAUCGACGCAACUGUUGGCACGAUCCUCCCGAUCCGACUUCUUGGGGGUGGUCGGGGCCUUCCUGACUUGGGUUUGGAUGGCUCUGAUCGGCCCAGACACCCCCCGAUAGUUUCUGUCAUGCUGAUGACUUGA